AAAGUACGCUGCUUGCCUUGCCAUUGUAUCAAUUCAAUCCGUCUUCUGUAUUGCGAAAUGUCUUCCUCUAAAGGCUUACAAUCUCUUGUACAGAUCAAUCGGUGUGCCCUCCAAACUUCAUCACUCGCCACGAGAUCGCAAAAAAGAACCAUGGCCUCUAUUGCAAACUUCAAGGUCCCGACAGUCAACAAUGAGCCCAAUAAACACUAUGCCAAAGGUUCUGAAGACAGGCAGAAGCUUCAGGAUGCUCUUGCAGCUCUGAAGCAGCAAACACCUCUUGAAGUGCCAAUCGUAGUAGCCGGGAAGCAAAUCAAAGGCUCCUCCGUCCUGACGCAGCACAACCCCGCAUCUCACUCUGACGUCGUGGCCAAAUACUCCAACGCCAGCCCCGAAGAAGUCAGCACAGCUAUUGAAGCUGCUCUGGCAGCAAAGUCAUCAUGGGAAUCACUACCGUUUGCAGACCGGGCUGCUGUCUUCUUGAAGGCUGCAGAUUUAAUCUCUACGAAAUACAGAUAUGAGAUCAUGGCUGCCACUAUGGUAGGACAGGGCAAGAAUGCAUGGCAGGCAGAGAUCGAUGCUGCUGCUGAGCUUUGCGAUUUCUUGAGAUUCAACGUCAAGUAUGCUGAGGAGACUUAUAGUCACCAGCCGGCUCACAAUUCACCGGGUGUAUGGAACCGCGUCGAAUAUAGGCCUCUGGAAGGCUUCGUCUACGCCGUCUCACCCUUCAACUUCACAGCCAUCGGUGCCAACCUCCCUGCAGCCCCUGCCUUGAUGGGUAAUGUUGUAGUGUGGAAGCCCUCUCCUUCCGCUAUCGCCUCCAACUGGCUCAUAUACUCUAUCUUGAUGGAAGCUGGACUACCUCCAAACGUCAUACAAUGGAUCCCUGGUGAUGCUGCGGAAGUUACCAAGACGGUUCUCGCACACAAAGAGUUCGCAGCUCUACACUACACCGGUAGCACAGCCGUCUUCCGCUCUCUGUAUGGCAAGAUUGCAGAAGGCGUCGCAGCAGGCAAAUAUCGCGGCUACCCUCGCAUCGUGGGCGAGACCGGUGGCAAGAACUACCACCUCAUCCACCCCAGCGCCGACGUCGACAAUGCCGCCGUCAACACAGUACGUGGAGCUUUCGAGUAUCAAGGCCAGAAGUGCAGCGCCUGCUCCCGCGCCUACGUCCCCUCGUCCGUCUGGGACGCCUUCAAAACCCGCCUAGUCUCCGAGACCGAAGCACUGAAGGUCGGGGACCCAUUGGACUUCUCUAACUUCAUCGGCCCCGUGAUCCACGAGGCCUCCUUCAAGAAGCUCUCUUCCGUCAUCGACGAAGCCAAGAAUGAUAAAGAGCUUGAGCUGCUGGUUGGUGGCAAGCACGACUCGUCCAAGGGCUACUUCAUCCACCCCACCAUCUACAAGACCACGAACCCGAACCACCCCCUCCUAUCCCGCGAGCUCUUCGGUCCCAUCCUCGUGGUCUACGUCUACGAUGACAACACCGCUCCUGUUGACGCUUUCGAAAGCAUCAUCAAGCAGAUCGACUCGACAUCCGAGUACGCGCUGACCGGCGCCAUCUUCGCCAGUGACAGGGAGGCAGUGCGAUACGCCGAGGACGCGCUCCGCAACUCUGCAGGCAACUUUUACAUCAACUGCAAAUGCACCGGUGCUGUUGUUGGUCAGCAGCCAUUCGGAGGCAGCAGGGCCAGCGGUACCAACGACAAGGCGGGCAGCGCGAAUCUGUUGAGCCGCUUCGUCAAUCUGAGGGCCAUUAAGGAAGAGUUUGUGUCUACGGACAAGGUUACGUAUCCCAGCAACGAGGUGUAGAGUAUGAUGGGUUCUUUUAGAGUUUUUAGUCAUGUUUAAGCGGGACGAAAUUGGAAAUGGAGAUUAAGGGUACGGAUAUGGUGUAUUGGCAUGGGUAUUUGCAUGAUUAUGAAGAGGGGUUUAUUUGUGAAUACGUAUCCUAGGGAUAGGAAAAGUUAAUGUGAUCUAAUGAGACCUGAAUUUUAAAGAUGGCUGUGGACGAAGGAGCGAAGGGGAGUGUGGUUGUAACUACAGUUCCUCACCAUAAGUGAGUUCCUUACUGUCUUAAACUUAACCCGCAAAGCGUAUACCGAGAGUAUUUUACCCCGAGCUGUCAUGACCAUCCUC